UUUCACGUCGUCGUGGAGGGCAGACAGACUCGCGAACAGGAUGACCCGCGUCGCUGCCCUGCUGCUCCUGCUGGGCCUGUUCGUCCACGGUUCUGUCGGCCAGGAGGCCGCAGACCCGGCAGCACCGCCACCAGGCCAAGGCUCUGAGGGCGGGCAGGCCGAGGGAGAGGACGGGGAAUGGGGCAUGGACUCGCUCAGAGGCAGCUUUGAGGCUGUCAGCGGCUACUUCGACUCCAUGCUGGAGUUCAUGGGCGGACGGGAUGGAGUUUGUCAGUACCGCUGUAGAUACGGUAAAGCUCCUCUUCCUCGAACCGGAUACCAGAUGCCUGAACCCAACGGAUGCACCUCCUACUUCUUUGGCCUCCCUGUUCCAGAAGGGAUGGACAUGGGCAUCCCCGCCAUGACCAAGUGCUGCAACCAGCUGGACAUGUGUUACGACACCUGCGGCUCCAACAAAUAUCGCUGCGACUCCAAGUUCCGCUGGUGCCUCCACAGUAUCUGCUCGGACCUCAAGAAGAGCCUCGGCUUCGUGUCCAAAGUAGAAGCUUGUGAAACUGUGGCCGACACCCUGUUCAACACGGUGUGGACUCUGGGCUGCAGACCCUACAUGAACAGCCAGAGGGCGGCCUGCUACUGUCAAGGAGAGGAGAAAGACGAACUCUAGAGCCACAGCAGGAACCACUCUCAUAUUUAUAUAAAACUGUGUCUGCUCGGAGCUGUAGUGCUGCAGCGGCAGUUUAAUUUAUUUGGAAGUUGUUGCUUUUGGUCUUGCCGAAAAUCAUGCUUCCCGACUCCUCCGCUUUGUGCUGCGAGUGAAAACUGUUUGUCCGUCGUGUUGGCGUUUGCAGAAGCGCAGGCGGCGGCGACGGCGCGUGACGUGUUUCUUCCACUGUGUCUGUGUAAAGUGUGAAUAAAUAUAUUAA